GCUUUGACUGCGCCGCUUGUUCCCGCAGGCCGAGAUGUACGACUGCAGCUUCUUCUACGAAAACCUGAAGGUUCCCACCGUCGCCAUGGAUAAAGAUCUACAGUUUCACAUUGUUAAACAAGCUAGAGCUCAAAGUGCCAAAGAAGGUGCAGGCUACAGCGAAGGAUCUUACUCAUUACUACCUGUAGAAGUUCCCCAAAAUCACAAGCGUUUCACCUGUGACCUGACUCAAGCUGAUCGCCUUGCUCUUUAUGAUUAUGUUGUUGAGGAAACAAAGAAACAGAGGUCUAGAUCCCAAAUAACAGAAAACGACAGUGACCUCUUUGUGGAUUUAGCAGCAAAAAUCACUCAAGAUGAUAGUCAGAAAGGUCCCAAGUCCCACCUUGAAAUUCUGGCUGAAAUGCGAGAUUACAAAAGGCGGCGGCAGUCAUACAGAGCUAAGAACGUUCAUAUAACAAAGAAGUCUUACACUGAGGUGAUCCGGGAUGUGAUUGGUGUGCAUAUGGAAGAACUCAGCAAUCAUUGGCAGGAGGAGAAUAGGCUGGAUAAUGCAGAGAUGUCUGAAGGAGGGAAGUCAAAAUCUGCAGGAAGGAAGGAAGACAGGCGGUCAGCUUCGGUGGACUCCCGGCAGUCUGGAGGAAGCUUUAAGGAUACUGAAGGCACCAGGCACAGGAGAGAGAGCAGCAGGAGUCCAAGUAAACGAAGGAGGAGUCGUGAAAGAGGCAAAGACAGAGCUUCUCGGAGAAAAAGAGAGAGGGAUGAAGAGAAGUAUCACAACCAUAAAAGAAGAAAGUAGAAGCAAGAACCUGAUUAUUUUGUUUGUCAGCUGUUCAGAAAAUGACUUGCACAAGAGCUAUCAUUACUGCUGUUGUGCCAGGGACAGUAACGCUAUGUACAUAAUACUGGUGUUACAUCACGGCUAUGCUGGGAGACUUAAAAGCAUUACGGUUUGUCAGGAUGGAAGCAGUGUACAUCAGAAAAUGUGUAUAACUGUGACACCAAUGCAUCUCUUAAUAACAUUGAUCUC